GAUCUCGCUCACGCGGUGCCACAGCGAGCACAACACGAGCCCAACACGAGCCCUGCUUAAUGAGUGACAGAACUAAACAUUCAAACAUAGCCUGGUUUAGAUCUGUGAUUAUUAGUCUGAUUUUAUUUUAGAUUUCGCGUUCCAAAGAUUAUAAAAAGAAUAUUUAUACAUAAGCCGCAUUCUGUCUAGCACAACUUCCUUCCCUUCACAGCGGUGCACUGACAUUUCUCCCUAAAACUCAAACUUAACGUCAGAAUCAGCACGAUCGGUGAUUGUUGUAAAAUGCAGUCUAGCUACUGUUGCUAAAUUGCGGGACGCGUUUAAUAAUAAAAAGAGCGCAAGAGAGACCGUUGGGUUUCAUGUCCGCAUCUAAACGAUCAACUAUACACAAAAAUAUGUCAAAACGACAGGCUUGGAGAUUCACUUAAACACAGUUUAUGUCUUAAAUGGACGUAGUUAUGGAAAUAGUUGGGAGAAAAUAUGCUGCAUCAGGAGCCUAUUAGACUCGGUCUUAAAGGGGAAGCUGUCUAUUAAACGUGACGAUUGAGCCAUUACUGCGAAUCAAACAACAAAAGGCAAAGAGAAAAUCACUUACGGCUCUUGAAUGAAUAACUUCUGCAUUAAUAAGCAUUAAUCUAUCUAUGAUAAACUACGCAGUGUUAUUUUACAAUUGAUUUACUUUAUUAGAUUUCUUUUUAGACCACACCUGAGCAGCAAUGUUAGUAGACCUUCCUGAAAUAAAAUUAUUAUAUAUAUAUAUAUAUAACAAAAAGAACCGUUAAGAAUACCGUUAAAGUACCGGAUCGAUAAGCAGUAUCGGUAAGAUAGUAAUACCAUUAAAACCUUAACGAUACCCAUCCCUAGUUAUGCCUGUGCUUCUCUUGAUGCUCUGAAUAUUGGAUUACGUGUCUGGAUUGCCCCUUAAUUAAAGCUGCAUUUGGAUCUCAACCUUCGUGUCUCGGAGCAGUUCAUAACACCUGCUUUGUUUAUUUGUUAUACAUUAUUUAUACAAUAUGUUUUUACAUUAUACAUUUGUAAUUUUAAGUGUACAAGUGCAGAUUGGUCAAGUGUUCAAUAAAUGUAUUUGUUGAGAAAUGUUGUCUAUCUUAAGUAAUUAUUUGUGUUACAUUUUAUCUUUCAAAUAAAAGGUUCAAAUAAGAGGUUAAAAACAAGCACAUAUUGGCCAAAUAUUGGCCAAAAUAAAUCGGCAGCAUUAAUCGGCCAUCGGCCGACCCGGAUUUCAAAAGAUCGGCAUCGGCCUGAAAAAAAAACAAUAUCGGUCGACCUCUAAUACAAAGUUUAACAACUUCCGCUGUAUCAGACCGCUAAGUUCUCACAGUGGCUGGAGUAGUAUAUGCUAGCACAGAAGAAAGAGACAUACAAGGUUUUUAUUUUUUAUUUUGUACAUUUAAGUGUAUGUUGUGUGCAGUGGUAAGUACAAUUAGUGUGUGUUGGUUAUGUGCUCAUGGAACAGAUGUGAUUUCUGCUGGUUCUUGAAUGUUGAGAAGGUAACAGCAGAUCGUGUGGAGGUUGGAAGUUCAUUACACCACAGAAGAGCAGAGAAAGUGAACGAUCGUGAAAUAGACUGUGUCUCUUUGUGAUGGACCGCCAGGUGCCGCUCAUUCAUAGACCACAGAGAGUGAGUUAAUGGAAGAGGGUGCGGUUCCAUUGGCUGUCCUGAAAGCCAGACUCAAAGCCUUGAAUUUGAUGCACUCUGGACCAUCUGCAGUGGCCUAAUUGUGUUAGCUGGAAGGCCAGCCAACAGAGCAUUGCAGUAGUCCAGUCUUGAAAUGACCAUAGCUUGGACCAAGAGCUUUGUAGUAUAUUCAGACAGGAAAUGUAUGAUUUUCCUGAUGUAAAGCACAAAUAUGCAAGGUCGAUGAUAUGUGUGCAGUGUAAUUAAGCUUGUCAUCUUCCACCACUCCCAAGUUCCGGGCUGUUCUGGUUGGUGUUAGUCUAGUUUAAUCAAGAUGAGAAAUGAGUUUGUGGUCAACAGAUGGGUUGGCUGGGAUCACAUGGAAUUCUGUUUUGGCAAGGCUGAGCUGAAGUUGUCAUUCCUUCAUCCAGGCCGAAAUGUCUGAGAGGCCUGCAAAUAUAUGAGCUGAGACAGUAGGGUCAUCAGGCUGGAACAACAGGUAGAGCUGCUUAUCAUCUGCAUAGCAGUGGUAGGAGAAGCCAUGUGCCUCAGUGACCCAGUGAUGUUGUGUACAUCGAGAAGAGGAGGGGACCAAGCACUGAUCCUUAAAGAAUUAGAUGUGUGGAUUGACUGUGUCCGACUUGGAGGCAAUUGAGAUUCGUCCUCCACCACCCAGAUUGAGUCCUAUGCUCAGUUCAGUGAUCAUGGAGUGUCUCCGACAGCCAGGGGCUGGAGGGUGUGGCACGUGCUGGCCUGGAGGUUUUCAAACCAUACAAGGCAUCCCAGCAUGACAUGUGCAGGUUCCACUCUGAGGAUUACAUAGACUUCCUGCAGAAGGUCAGUCCAACUAACAUGCAGGGCUUCACCAAGAGUCUCAACGCCUUCAACGUAGGAGACGACUGUCCUGUUUUCCCAGGUCUGUUUGAGUUUUGUUCGAGAUACACGGGCGCCUCCUUGCAAGGAGCUACUCAGUUAAACCACAAGAUUUGUGAUAUUGCCAUAAACUGGGCUGGAGGAUUACAUCACGCAAAAAAGUUUGAGGCAUCGGGAUUUUGUUACGUCAAUGACAUUGUCAUCAGUAUUCUUGAACUGCUGAAGUAUAAUCCACGUGUGCUUUACAUUGAUAUUGACAUUCAUCAUGGUGAUGGUGUUCAGGAAGCGUUUUAUCUCACAGACAGGGUCAUGACUGUAUCCUUCCACAAAUAUGGGAACUACUUUUUCCCUGGAACAGGUGAUAUGUAUGAGGUUGGAGCAGAGAGUGGCCGCUACUACUGCUUGAAUGUUCCACUGCGUGAUGGCAUUGAUGAUCAGAGUUACAGACAGCUGUUUCAGCCAGUUAUCAAGCAGGUGGUGGACUUCUAUCAGCCGACCUGUAUCGUUCUUCAGUGUGGAGCAGAUUCAUUGGGCUGUGAUCGGUUGGGAUGUUUUAACCUCAGCAUACGUGGCCAUGGCGAAUGUGUGGAGUUUGUGAAGACCUUCAAUAUUCCUCUGCUUGUUCUCGGGGGAGGAGGGUACACGGUGCGAAACGUUGCGAGAUGUUGGACAUAUGAAACCUCUCUGCUCGUUGAUGAGCCCAUUAGCGAUGAGCUGCCCUAUAGCGAAUACUUUGAAUAUUUUGCUCCAGACUUCACACUUCACCCAGAUGUCAGCACAAGGAUAGAAAACCAAAAUUCUAGACAAUAUUUGGAGCAGAUUCGUCAUUCUGUGUUUGAGAACUUGAAGAUGUUGAAUCAUGCACCGAGUGUCCAGAUCCACGACGUACCCUCUGAUAUACUGAGUUAUGAGCGUCCAGAUGAGGGUGAUCCUGACGAGAGGGGAUCGGAAGAGAACUUUUCCAGGCCCGAAGCUGCGAAUGAAUUUUAUGAUGGUGACCAUGAUAAUGAUAAAGAAAGUGAUGUGGAGAUCUGAAGAUCAUCUAGUGUCCCUUCUCUUGUGCAUUGAAACUUGACAAUUGUUUUCUGUAAACUGCCACAAAGGCAAAACUGCCACAAAGGCAACCAUUCCCUCCCAAAUCUAUAGUACUUAAACUUUAUUGUGAUGGCUGGGUGAAAGCCAGUUUGAUUUUAGUUUUUGUAAUUUUUUUUCCCCACACUGUAAAUUUAUAGUUUGCGAUGUCAUGGAAAGCAUUUCCUGUUUUAAAAAAAUAUCACACCUCUGUUAUAAAAAUACAAACAAAAGGGAAUUUCACACUGAUAUACUACACAUACUACAUUUGUAUUGAAAUGUUAAGAAAAAUCAAUCAUGGAAUAAUGGCGUUGAAAUGGUGUGAUUUAAAUAUUUUUACCUUGGCUUUUUUAUAAUGUCUUUA